CCCUUGUACUUUUGCAGUUUUGCUGCUAUUUUUGGAGAGACGCUCUGCUGCUUUUAUUCAAUAGUGAUAUUCAAGUUAGAGGGAGCGAGGGGCUUGGGUCCUUCGCUUUAGGGUUUCACGAUCCACCAUUUCUGGAGCUAAUGCCCUCUCUUUCUCCGGACGAAACGAAUUUCUCCUUUCGGUUCUGUGAGUGUGAAUAGGUUGCCUUCUUGAAACAUCUUUGGUGGUGUCAAGACUGUUUGUCCAUCAACAGUUCUUGAUCUGGAUUUUUAGGGAUCUUGUUUACAUCAACUUGAUGCGCAAAAUGGGAUUUGUAGGUCACUGAACUUCCGGACUUAAAGGGUCAAAAUUGUUUUUUGUGGUGAGUGGAAUAUGGGUUUGUAGUGUUGGUUUCAUCUAGUCAAGGAUCGAUUUUCUUAAUUGUGUGAAUUUUGUCUUCUUGAGAAUUCUUUCGGGACAUUUCUUGAAUCUAUUGACAAUGGGAUCCUCAGAUGAUAAGGGUGGAUCCUCAGAUGAUAAGGGUGGCCCUUCUACACCCUUCCGCUCAUUUGGCCUUUCAAUGUUUAGAUCAAAGCGUGAACAAGGUCAUUCCAUGGAAGGCACUCAUGAAUCUCGUGACCAAGAUGUUGAGUCAUUUCAGAAACAGGUCACAGAACGAUUCCAUGAGCUGUCUAUUGUUAGUGUUGAUGGAUUACUAUCUGUUGAAUGGAUUAAAAAACUUUUGGAUGCUUUUAUGAGUUGCCAGGAAGAAUUUAGGGUGAUUUUGUUAAAGAACAAAGACCAAGUGUUGAAAUCCCCUCUGGAUAGUAUGAUUUCUGAAUUUUUUGAGAGGAGUGUGAAGGCCCUUGAUAUAUGUAAUGCAACUCGUGAUGGGAUUGAGAAGCUUCGUUUAUGGCAGAAACAAUUGGAGAUUGUUCAGGGUGCGUUGCAAUCUCCCCAUACGGCAGUGGGUGAGGGUAAUUUCCGUCGGGUGAGAAAAGCUUUAGCUGACUUGGCACUUGCAAUGCUUGAUGAGAAGGAAUCUGGAUCAGUUUUGUCACAGAGGAACUGGUCAUUUGGGCGUCAUAACACAAGCAGGGGUCGUAGUCAGCACCCACCAGGGCAUUCACGUUCUCUUUCAUGGAGUGUUUCUCGAUCUUGGUCAGCAGCUAAGCAACUUCAAUCAAUGGCCGGCAACUUGGUGGCACCUCGUGCAAACGAAGUCAUGACAACGAAUGGACUGGCAGUUCUUGUUUUCACCAUGAAUUCUGUGCUCUUGAUUGUCCUGUGGACUCUUGUUGCAGCUAUCCCUUGCCAGGAUAGGGGCCUUAAUAUUCACUUUCAAAUCCCAAGGAAUUUGUCAUGGGCUGCCCCUAUACUCCAUCUUUAUGAGAGGAUUUUGGAGGAGUCAAAAAAGAGAGAAAGGCGGGGCACUAGUGGGUUGUUGAAGGAAAUUUAUCAGUUUGAGAGAUGUACACGUCACCUGACAGACUUGGUUGAUGUAGCUCAAUUUCCGCUGACAGAGGAACAGAAGACAGAAGUUGAGCUGGGAGUGCAAGAGUUAGCUACGGUUUGUGAAAUUUUUAAGAAUAGUUUGGAUCCUCUGGAGCGCCAAGUGAGGGAAGUCUUUCGUAAAAUCAUGGGUUGCAGAACUGAGGGUCUUCAAAUCUUGGGUAAUGCCAACAAUCCACAAUAAUUCAAGUUGGUAGAAAUUGCAAGGGGUGUCAUGUGUACAAACUGCGUGUAUAUUGCGUUAUACUUUCUUUGCUAGGAGGAAGACUGUUUUGAGAUAGGUUAGCUACAAUAAAAAGUUUAACAGGCAGCUUUUUUUGUACUUAUCUCUACAGAUUCUGUAAAGAAACAAAACAUACAUUUGAAUAUCUGGUUUUAUGGUAUACUUCUGGUCUUUUCUUUCCA